GAAAUAGGGCGUGUCUAGGAAGAGAAGCCAUAGUACUUCAGCAGCGCUGGGGCAUCUCCCUCCGCUGCAGCUGCGCCGGCAGAGAUGGUUGUACUCCUGAUCCUGUUCUUCCUUCUUCCCUUUCUCCUGUACGUGGCUGCGCCCCAAAUCAGGAAAAUGCUGUCUAGUGGGGUGUGCACAUCUACUGUCCAGCUUCCUGGGAAGGUAGCUGUAGUCACUGGAGCUAACACAGGCAUUGGGAAGGAAACAGCCAAAGAGCUGGCUCAAAGAGGAGCUCGUGUGUAUUUAGCUUGCCGGGAUGUGCAAAAGGGGGAAUUGGUGGCCAGUGAGAUCCAAGCCAUGACAGGGAACCAAGAGGUGUUGGUGCGGAAACUGGACCUGUCUGAUACAAAGUCUAUUCGAGCCUUUGCUAAGGACUUCUUAGCACAGGAAAAGCACCUCCACAUUUUGAUCAACAAUGCAGGAGUGAUGAUGUGUCCCUACUCUAAGACAGCAGAUGGCUUUGAGAUGCACAUGGGAGUCAACCACUUGGGUCACUUUCUCCUGACCCAUCUGCUCCUAGAGAGACUGAAGGAAUCAGCCCCAUCAAGGGUAGUAAAUGUGUCUUCCUUGGCACAUCACCUGGGAAGAAUCCACUUCCAUAACCUGCAGGGCGAGAAAUUCUACAAUGCAGCUCUAGCCUAUUGUCACAGCAAGUUAGCCAACAUUCUUUUCACCCAGGAACUGGCCAGGAGACUGAAAGGCUCUGGCGUUACCACAUAUUCUGUACAUCCUGGCACCGUCAAAUCAGAAUUGGUUCGGCACUCAUCUUUCAUGAGGUGGAUGUGGUGGCUUUUCUCCUUCUUCAUCAAGACUCCUCAGCAGGGAGCCCAGACCAGCCUGUACUGUGCCAUAACAGAAGGUCUUGAGACUCUAAGUGGGAAUCACUUCAGCGACUGCCAUGUGGCAUGGGUCUCAGCCCAGGCUCGUAAUGAGACUAUAGCAAGAAGGCUAUGGGAUGUCAGCUGUGACCUACUGGGGCUCCCAAUGGAUUGACUGGUGGUAGCUGGACCCCAAAGAAGACUGCAGCAGAAGAUAGAGCUCCCUGCCAAAAUGAUUCUCCUUCAAGGUGGCCAAAACCUUAAGCACAAAAAGAGCAAAACUUUCUGGCCUAGCCUAUGUGGUGUCCAGUUAAUUCCAGCACACUGCCAGACUCAUGUUAACACCUUGCAUUUGUCCAGACUUCCUUUGUUCUUGUUACUGCUAGAGUUUCUAGCAAUAUCAUUGGAUAAGAUAACCCUUAUAUGACCUGCACAGCUUAUAUUUUCCUUCUGAAAUUUACUACUACUUAAGAGAAUCUAAGCUCUGGCAGGGCUGACGUGUGAAAACAUGGACUAAGCUACUUUCUUUGUUCACAGUGUAGUUCCUGCCAACCAACCAGCCUUUACUUCAAGGGGGGCACAUUGCAACUUCCCCUGAACCCCAUGAGUCACAGUGUCAAGAGCAGGGCUUCAUUGCACCAACACUGGAAUUCUUUCAGGAAAUCCUUCACUGAAUCUGGAUUACGGCCUGGCCUUAUCUCUAACAACCUCAUGCCACUGCUGUUAAGACAUUUACCCAAGUCUAAACCACUUCUAAGAAGUUUGUGGGGUUUGGGGGGAGGGCAGAAAUUAAAAAAAAAAAAAAAAAAAAUCAAGAUCUGUCAGUUUCCUACCAUUUCUCAGACCAGUAAAGGGAUAGCAAAAAUAGCGUUAUAAAAAAAAAAACAGGCCACUUGGCUUUACUGACCCCAGUCCCAUGGAGGCCACCUUUUUGUGCCUUGAAACCAGA